GCAAUGUGCUUCUUUGUCAGCAAACAGCAUGGCAUCGUAUGAUUUUUAGAACUUAUUGAAAGUUACAGAAAUAUUGAGUGUGGCGACUGACGUUGUAGUCAUUGAAGAAGAUAACGUCAAUAACGUGACUGCAGAAAAGAUGCCUAAUAUUAAAGUAUUUGGCGGUAGUUCUCAUCCUGAGCUGGCAAAAUUGAUCUGUGAACGCUUAGGUAUCAGCCUAGGAAAAUGUACUUUAAAGAAAUUUUCAAAUAAAGAAACAAGUGUUGAGGUUGGUGAGUCUGUCAGAGGAGAAGACGUUUUCAUUAUUCAAAGCGGUUGUGGGGAUAUCAAUGACAACUUGAUGGAACUUCUUAUUUUGAUCAAUGCUUGUAAAAUAGCUUCUGCAGAAAGAGUCACUGCUGUCAUUCCUUGUUUUCCAUAUGCACGACAAGAUAAAAAAGACAAGAGCCGAGCACCAAUAUCUGCAAAACUUGUGGCGAACAUGCUCUCAGUUGCUGGUGCUGACCAUAUUAUUACUAUGGAUUUACACGCUUCACAAAUUCAAGGUUUCUUUGAUAUUCCUGUUGAUAACCUUUAUGCAGAACCUGCUGUUCUGAAAUGGAUUAAGGAAAACGUUAAUAACUGGAAAGAAUCUGUGAUUGUUUCUCCUGAUGCAGGAGGAGCAAAAAGGGUGACAUCAAUUGCUGAUCGACUGAACGUGGAAUUUGCUUUAAUUCAUAAAGAGAGGAAAAAAGCCAAUGAAGUUGCAAGUAUGGUGUUGGUUGGCGAUGUAAAAAAUAAGAUAGCAAUAUUAGUUGAUGACAUGGCAGACACAUGCGGUACUCUUGCCUUGGCUUGUCAAAAAUUAAAAGAUGCUGGUGCCAAACAGAUUUUUGCAAUCUUAACUCACGGGAUAUUAUCUGGACCGGCUUUAACUCGUAUUGACGCAACCGAUAUAGAGGCUGUUGUUGUAACAAAUACAAUUCCGCAGGACGAGAAAAUGAGAAUUUGUUCUAGGUUGAAGGUUAUUGACAUAUCUAUGAUUCUUGGUGAAGCUAUACGAAGAACGCAUAACGGUGAAUCAGUGUCUUACCUGUUUAAUCAUGUACCUUUGUAAAGCAUGAAGAUUAACUUAAAUUUAUGUGUAGUCAAAUGUGUUGAUGCAAAGGUAAAUUCAACUUGUUGGUAAUUUUGCAGUUUUUAUAUAUAUGCAUGGUGCGGUUUUUCGUGUUUUACUGAAAUAAGAAUUUUGCCUUUGUUUUUGUUCACAUUAAUCCAAAUGUUGAUGUUCGCCAGUGCUCCAUGGAAUAAUUAAAAUUUUGGCGAAUCUGGUAUAGUUGAAAGACAAAGCUACUAUUUACGUAAAACUUUUCACAUAUAACUUUUUGAGGGGGAUGAUCUAUCUUAUUGUAAAAAAAACAUUUUUGAACGUAACUUAUUUCAAUAAAAGUAACCUUAUCUAUGUAA